AUGGGUGGCCCUUCAAAGGUAUUUACACGUGGUUUAAAGACCCUUUUUACCACAAUUCAUGACGCCAAGUCUCUAACAACUAGGCAGCACCUUCUUCAUAAUAUUCAGCUGCUAGAUCGGGCAUUGAAUGAGGCGACACAUAAUAAGACACUGCUAUUUGAAAGUAAAUAUAAUCAUCGGCCACUAUUACUUAGCUCAAAGGAUACGAUAAGACUUGAAAAUGCCAUGAGAGAAUUUGUGGAAAGUCUACAAUUAACUCAAGGUUAUAACCAGCACUUGCAGUUAGAUUCUAAGCAGAAGCUUGGAAAAAUAGGAUUGGAGCUGUUUAUGGAAUGUCAUAAAGGAAAGAUUUCUCCUAUUGCCUCUGCGCUUUCACUUGGUCUCAUCUCGAUAUAUAACCGGCAUCCUUCGAAGCAGACGCUCGAAGCCAUUACUUCCUCUGUGCGUAAAGCUAGAGACUUCAUUAAGGCUAAUAAGGUUAAUUUAACAAGCCGCGAAGAGAUAGACUCGCUUGUGGACAGCCUAUCACUGUCUCUGGUGGAUUCAGUUGCGGUUAAGAAGGUACUAGCUACGUUAGAUUACAAGCCCUUUUCCAUGGACACUGUAAGAGUGCUACGCGGUAAGAAAAUGCAGGACGAAAUAGAAGUAUCUAAGGGCUGGAAGUUCCCUGUUGGCGUUAGCUCCGCCAGCGAAUCAUAUCUGCGGUCAUUGGAUCUUCCUGUCAAGAAGCUAGUUUCCACUGAAAAAGCUAUCGUCUUGUUGUGGGAUGGUCCUGUCUAUGAAUCUCGUAAGAUUUUGCCAACUUUGCAUUAUGCAUCCAGGGAGGAUAAGCCUGUUCUUCUCAUAAGUACGGGGGAAGUUAGCAGUGAAGCAUUAAGUGUUAUUUCCAUUCACAAUAACAAAAGUCGUCGUAAUGGCGCAGUUUCCAGAGUCGUACUUUUGCGAUACAAUGAACGUGAUCACAACGGCCUCCCAUUACAUCAAAACAUUGCUCUUGCUUCCUUUUUGGGACUUCCUAAGGGCUGCGAAAGCAUUUACUUUUCUGAUUACUCAGAGUCAAUACCUAGUAAGGCGUCUGGAGCAGACUACUACGGGUCUUUAGAAUCGCUGAAGGCUACUACAGGUGAAUGUUUCUUAUACAAUUCAUUACAGGCUGAGAAACUAGGAGAUUCGCAGCACUCUACAACUACGAUAACACUGAAUGUGGGUGGGUCUUCCGAGUUGGAGAUUGAUCAACGUCGUGCCUCAUUAGAUGUUAUCAUCAAUGAUAUUCUGUCUCACGGUCUAGCUAGCGGGUUUGUUCCUUCUCAUAGUAUCUCCAUUGCGAAAUGUGCUGGUCUAGUAUCCACAGAUGGUCUCAAUUCUGCCAUUAGUGAUACGUUCUCCCGGCCUAUGCAAUCAAUGUUAAGCAAUAUGAAUGGGCUAGCCCCAUUCCAUGCAGCUGGACUUGUUGCGCGGACAGUACAAGAGACAAAAUUCUGUAUCGCUAGUAUGCCCACAGGAGAAACAGAUCUGAUAAAGGCUGGACUACUAGAACCAUGGCAGACAUUAGAUGAAAUACUCGCCAAUGUCUUAGACUUUGUGCGGCUAUUGGCAGGAUGCAAUGUUGUAGUGUCGAGAAUCUGUGAAACGCCAAAAUCGCGUGACAAGCAAAAAGCUUAG